AAUCCGCAGUGGGAGGCGCGGUGGGAUUUGAUUCUGCAAUAAGUUGUUAUAAGCACUUUGCAAAACAUUCCAACAUAUAUAUUCACUACUCUAUUUUUAUUUUUUUAAUAUUUCAAUUUUAAUGUGAUGCGAAAUACACGCUAGAAAAAUCAACGAUUUGAGCAGCGAAUUUUCGGAAUCGGGCAAACUGUGUGCCCUGACGUGUGACGUGGCGCCACCCGUUUUGCCCGAUCUUAAUCAGGGUUUAAUUAACACCUUAACCUUAAUCCCCCUACUCAUAAACACAACACUCCACACUCUCUCGAUGUUGAUUUUCUACUGAGCUAAAUCAAUUCCCUGUUUGCGUCAGAAUUCUCGGUCACAAUCUUCAGCAGCAAUGGAUGCGGUGGAAUCAGCGGGCUCCGGCGGCAAAUUCCUGAAUGUGGGACUUCUGCUCGUCGCCACCAUUGUGGCGGCGAAGCUGAUAUCGGCUCUGAUAAUGCCGAGAUCCAAAAAGCGCCUUCCGCCGAGGGUGGCGGCGUGGCCGGUGCUCGGCGGUCUGGUCCGGUUCAUGAAGGGGCCGGUGGUGAUGCUGAAGGAGGAGUACCCCAAGCUUGGGAGCGUUUUCACCCUGAAUUUCCUGAAUAAGAAUAUCACGUUCCUGAUCGGGCCGGAGGUCUCGGCACACUUUUUCAAGGCGCCGGAGUCGGAUCUCAGCCAGCAGGAGGUGUAUCAGUUUAAUGUGCCAACCUUCGGGCCCGGGGUGGUGUUUGAUGUGGAUUACACGGUUAGGCAGGAGCAGUUCAGGUUUUUCACUGAAGCGCUUAGGGUGAAUAAGCUCAAAGCCUAUGUUGAUCACAUGGUUGUGGAGGCGGAGGAAUACUUUUCAAAAUGGGGAGAGAGUGGCGAAGUCGAUCUGAAGUAUGAAUUGGAACAUCUAAUCAUACUGACUGCUAGUAGAUGCUUGUUAGGGGAAGAGGUUCGCAAUAAGCUCUUCGAUGAUGUUUCUGCUCUCUUCCAUGAUCUUGACAGUGGCAUGCUUCCUAUCAGUGUUAUAUUUCCUUACCUUCCGAUCCCAGCUCACCGUCGUCGUGACCAAGCUCGCAAGAAGCUUUCUGAUAUCUUUGCAAAAAUCAUUGCUUCACGCAAGGAGGCGGGCACGAAAGCUAAUGAUCUGUUGCAGUGCUUCAUAGAUUCCAAGUACAAAGACGGGCGGCCGACAUCUGAGUCGGAGGUCACCGGCUUGCUCAUUGCUGCUCUCUUUGCCGGCCAGCACACGAGCUCCAUUACUUCCACAUGGACUGGGGCUUACCUUCUCUGCAACCCCAAAUACAUGUCAACCGUGCUGGAGGAGCAGAAGACGAUCGUGCAGAAACAUGGAAACGAGGUUCAUUACGACGUGCUAGCUGAGAUGGAAGUUCUUUACAGAUGCAUAAAAGAAGCUCUGAGGCUCCACCCUCCGUUGAUAAUGCUUCUCCGGAGCUCACACAGCGACUUCACGGUGAAGACCAAGGAAGGGGCGGAAUACGACAUCCCCAAGGGACACAUUGUGGCCACAUCGCCUGCCUUUGCAAAUCGUCUCCCGCAUAUCUACAAAGACCCGGAGACUUACGACCCUGAUAGAUUCGCUCCGGGAAGAGACGAGGACAAAGCCGCGGGAGCUUUCUCCUACAUCGCCUUCGGAGGCGGUAGGCACGGCUGCCUAGGGGAGCCGUUCGCCUAUCUGCAGAUCAAGACGAUAUGGAGCCAUCUGCUCAGAAACUUCGAGAUGGAGCUCGUAUCUCCGUUCCCAGAGAUCGACUGGAACGCGAUGGUUGUCGGCGUGAAGGGGAAGGUGAUGGUGCGGUACAAACGCCGAGCUCUUCCCCUCAACUAAUCUGAUAAAGAUUCCUGCAGGUUUCAUCUUAAGCUUGUUUCAUUGUGUAGGUUGGGUUUAUUAAUCUCUUAUAUCCAUCAGACUAUGCUCUUUUUAUUUUUUUAGAUGUUUAUGAUUUGCUGUUGUGCUCCAGACUUUUGCAGUUGUCAAGGCAUUUAUGAGGUUGUCUAGUUUCCCUUUUUCUA